UAGCUUCAUCCGAUUUAAGCGACAGAGCGAGAGCAUUCGGGAGAGGAAGAACGAGAGGAGGGUUCUUGUCGGCGGCGGAGGCUUGAGACCAUAACAGCGAUGGCAUCAGCGGCGGCCGGAUCGAGCGCGGCAGUCCCAUUCUGGAGGGCUGCGGGCAUGACGUACAUAACCUACUCCAACAUCUGCGCGUCCCUGGUGCGGAGCUGCCUCAAGGAGCCCUACAAGUCGGAGGCCGCAAGCCGGGAGAAGGUCCACUUCGCCAUCUCCAAGUGGGCCGACGGCAAGCCCGAGAAGCCUACUGUCCGUUCGGAUUCACCUGAAGAAUGAGAGCUGACCAACUGGGGCUCUGACGGCUUGGUGUUGACGGUGGAGCUCUCUCUGUCUCGAUUUUUUAUGCACUUUUAUGAAGCUUAGAUAUGUAAUCUGGCGUGGCUGUUAGCUGAUGAGAUAUUUCCAGCAUGCAGUGAAUAAAUUUUUGAUGUUGGUAGAUAUCGAACCAAUAUUUUUUUGAUGGUUUCUUGGUUUGGUAUGAAUUUAGUUUAUCAUUUCAAAAUUCAAUUUGUCUUCUCUUUA